AUGUAUUUAAUCAUAUUCUAUAUCAUCACUGCACAUGCUGAAAUUUUAUAAAUUAUUCCUAAUUUGAUUAACUAUUAGUAUCCGACUAUGGAGUAAGAAUGUGAAAAUGUUGAACUUUAACAAAAUACAUAUUUCUACCCAGAUAUUAAUAAAGAAAUAAAUGGAAUUUUUAAACAGGCUAAUAGUUUUUAAGGAUUAGUCAAUGAUCAAUGGAAUUUAACAUUCAUUAAUAAGAUUUUUUAAAUUUAGUUAGUACCUGAUUCCUAUAGUAUUUUAUCAUCAGAAUAUUUGAAUAUUAAGAAUAAGAAAUAUAUAUGUACUUUACAUUAAAAUUAAGAAAAUUAUAAUUACUAAGUUAGUUGUAAAUAAGCAAAACCACAGAAAUAUAUUGAUAAUCAACCUCAAUUUAGUGAGGUAUUUGAGUAUUCAUUUUCAAUACAACACGAGGAAGGACUUCAUUGUAGCAACUUUAAAUUUUAAGAAGAUUAAAUAUACAUUUUUUGCUUCAUAAAUGAUCAAAUGAUAAUAAAUACUUUUGAUUUAACGGGCUAUAAAUAAUCAUAUAAUUUUACUAUCUCAACUAAAUAAUGUAGUAGCAAAUUUAAUAUUCUACAAGAGCCAAUCAUCAUAGUAACCUUUUAUUUGUGUGAUGAAUGGGAAAUUUUAAUUUUUGAUAAACAUUUAAACUAUUUAAAAAGGAUCACCAAUAAAGAAGUAAAUAAAGAGGGAGAAAUAGAUUCUUAUGGGCAGUUAUAAAAUUUCCAUACUUGUUAUAAUACGUUGUAUUUGAUUUUUAGUCAAGUAUACUUCUUAAUAGAGUGUUCAACUUUUUUAGUCCCUAGAUUUUCAUUUAAAUCUUUAGCUCAAUAAAACGCAAUUACAUAAUUAUAGUUACUUAUGAUUCUAAGUUGUUCCCAAUAUGAUUUUUUUGUUCCUCGACAAAAUAUUAUUGAAUUAAUCCCUAAAGUAAGAAUCUAAGAUAUAAAAAAAGUGGCAGCCUUCGACUCCUAAAUUUUUUUUAUUUAAUAUUCAGACCAUCUCCUAGCUAUUGCAUCAAGAGAAAUAAAUUAAGUUAUUAAUAUUAAGGUCAAAUAAAUAUUUGCAGUCUACAGAGACGAUAAUAUCUUUUGGAUUGUAGAUGAUACAAAUUAAGUCCAUGGAUUUGAAAUAAAUCUAUUUUAGAAGUAUAUGCUAUACUAAUAACAGGGAUAAUAUUUAGGAAUUUAUAAGGUUGAUAAUUAUAAUGUUUAAUUAAUAAAAUGCUUUAUUAUCUUUGAACAUCAUGAUGAAAAUGAUUAAUUAAAAGUAAAAAUGUAGAAUCUAAAGAAAUAAAAUCAUUUGAUUUAAAUACAAAAUAAUUAUAAUGAUGUUUAGAUUGACAGGUUCAAAUUCAAUUUAAUUAGAAAUAUAAAUUUUUAACUAUACUUUCCAAACUCAUUUUCAGUAUAGAAGGAAUCUACUGAAAACUAUAUAUCAAGCUAACUAAAAAAGUUAAAAGUUACUGGUUAAUUCUUUUUAUUUAAAAUUAAAUCACAAAUUUAUUUACUGUUUAAUAAAAAAGACAAUCUUGUAGUCACAUAUAAUCUUAACUCUUCAGGCUUUAGUAGUUAUAGUAUUAAAAUGGAUUUAAAUUUAAUAAAAACUUAUUAUGAAGUAAUGGACGCCAAGUUUGCUUUAGUGCACGAAACCUAUGGGAAGAUAUACCUGUUUAAAUCAUCAUAAUGGAGAGAAAAUACGUUAAGUUGUGAAAUUCAUGAAUUCAAAGAGUAGAUAAGAAUUUCAUUUUAAAAUCGAAAUUUAAUUUCCUUAUAAUUAGCAAAUUCCUCAGAAACACUUUUUGAAGAUUAUAAUCUAAAUUAAUUCGUAAGUUAACCAAUUCAUCGUUUUAAUAUUGAUGAAACAAACAUUUUCAAGGAACAUCUAUAAGGUGCUACAAAAGUUCUGAAUCUUUAAAAUUUUUAUAUUUUCUAAAAGGAAUCGCAUUUAUUAAUAGAAUUAGGAACUACUGAUACUUUAGUAAUCCAAUAAAAAUUGUUGUUAUUAGGGGGACAGUUGAAAAGAAAAAUUCCUCCAAAACUAAUUUUGCUAGUAAUGAAUAAAGAAAUGACCGCCAUCCAUAAGUAUUUGAUUGCUAGCCAAAAAUUUUAAAAACUUUCAACAUUUAACUUUUUAGAUUAUAUACCAAUUUAACCAUUAUACUAUUAGAUUUUGGGAAACAUUUUUAUAAUAGUAACCCAAAAAUAGGGUAAGGAUUUAUUUCAUAUUUUAUUAUUUAAUCUUGAUUAGCAGAGCAAUCUUGAAUACUAUGAUAUAAUAUCAACACCUUAUUAAUAUUUUUAUGCUUUUUCUGGCAUCCUUUAUUAUUACGAUCAUAAUCAAGAAAUAGCAUAUUAUAACUUUUAGUAUAUCACCUUAUUUUUUGAUCUAAAAUAAAUCAAUUCAAUCACAUACUAAGAAUAAUUAUAAUUAGAUAUAUAUGACAAAUCUGAAAAAGAUAAUAAAGUUUAUAGUGAUUAAUUAAACAUAUAAGUACUCAAUUUUCAAUUCAAUUUAUAACUUAUCAAUUAAAGCAAUCCCCAAAUUAUCAUGGAAAAUAAUUAAGCUUUCCUAAAUCCAAAUAAAUUUGUAUAAGGAUCAUUUUUUAAUUUCAAAUUGAAAAAUACAACCUAUUUUACCUUAUAAAAUCCUUUUAAACUUGCUGGUAAAAAAUAAUGUCUUUAUUUCUUAAAUAAUUUAUGUCUAAAUGAAGGAAAUCCAUUUUUUAUAGUUUAAGAUUUAACAAAAGAUUAUGAGAGCAAUUUAUCGUUACCAUUUAGCAUCUUGAAGCAUGAUAUGAGAACAGUUAAUGCUGUUGGUGAGGGAAUAUUAAUAAUAAAUUAAACUGAUAAAAACCACUUAGAAAUAAUUUAUAUAAAUAACGGCAGUGAAUAGGUUAUUUUAAUAGAAGGAGUAUUCUUAGCAUCCACAUUAUAAAACUAAAUAUUACAGGUCUAAUUUCUUAAUUUUUCCAAUUUUUAUUUUAUCAAUGAUUAAAUUACUUUUAUAUCCUCUAUUUAAAAUAUUGAUGAUGAUUAAACAGUUUUUUUAUAUCGUUCAAUCGAUAGUGAUAAAUUUUGUUAAAUUCUAUUUGGAAAAUAUUAAGUAAAAAUAGGUUGUUAUUAAAUAAAUUCAGAAGGUUUAAUUCAUAAUUACUAAAAUUAUACAAUACCUACUAUAGACAUCUACAAUAAAAUUGAAUUAAGUCAUUAUCUCCCAAAGUUUAAUUAAUCUAUUUAAUUUAGCAUUUUAAAUUUAUCUUAGACUUUAGAAGAAGAACUAGAUAUAAAAAUAGUUAUUAAUUACAAAACGGCUUUAUUAUUUUAUUUGUAGAUAAUUCUAAAACAAAAAGAAACUAAUAUUAAAUUAAAUAAUAUUAUUAGACCUUCUAAUUUCAAUAUUCUUUGUUAAUACUUUCUUAUACAAAAUAAAUUUUUGCACAAUUGUAUCCACUUUUAAUUAAUUUUAUAUGACCUCUAAAGUGGAUUUUAACAAUUAAAUCCAAUCGGCACUUUAAUUUUAGAGAAUGAAACAUUUUCUUAGUUAAAUAAUACUCACAUAGCUGUAUACAAUAAAAUGGAUAAAUUUGUAACAAUAUAUAGAAUUGAUCAAUGGACAUUAGUUAAAAAUGAUAACAUUAAUAUAGAAGGAGAAGAAAGUGUUACAUUUCUAGUAUCGAGCGAGGUAGCUGACUUAGAAUUUAGAGUAAAUGUUGUGAAUAAAAAAGAAAGAGAGGAUGAAUAUCAUUAUAGACUUAUUCCAAUUGGAAUUCUUGUUAUCAACAAUUUUUCUAUUCUACUCUUCAUAACUAUAUGUAAAAAACAAAAGAAAAGAUGA